AUGCCACAACACACCAUCCAAAUCAUCCUCCUCAUCGCCCUCCAAAGCGCGCUAAUAUCCUGCUUCCCUACAAACUUUAAUAUCAUCUCCCACAACGACCCCACCACCCUCCAACUCGCAUCCAGAGAAGUCAUCACGCCCGAAACACCGAAUCACAUCAGUGUCCCGUUUAUUAUCGCUGCUGCGCUGGUCAUUAUAGCGGCGUUAGCUGUUCUUGGUAUUGCGUUCCUAUGUGUGAGGGCGAGGGUUCUGAAGGGGCUUGAGAGGAAGGGUGUGCGAUAA